AUGUUGCUGAAGGUAAGAGAGAUUCAUCACCAAUAUCUGAGAUUCUUUUUAACUUUUUUUCAGCUUAAAGAACCGGUGAGGAAAACCAGGGCAGUGAAGUGGCUCAAGUUUGGCAACACUGUGAGAGACCCGGCAGCUGGCAGCACGUGUCUGGUGGCUGGAUGGGGAGAAACUGAAACAAAACAACCAUCAGAUGUCCUCAAGUCUGUCAAUGUGACUGUGGUCGACAGGCAGACGUGCAACUCUCGUGAUUAUUACAACCACGACCCUGUUAUCACUGAUGACAUGAUAUGUGCUGGUUCAGAUGGUACAAACGUCGCUGAUACCUGUCAGGGGGAUUCAGGGGGCCCGCUGUUGUGCGAUGGAGCGCUGGUUGGAGUCACUUCUUUUGGAGAGGAUUGUGGUGUCAUUAAAAAACCUGGAGUCUACUCGUUUGUCUCAGAGGGACAGCUGUCCUGGAUCAAAACCACGAUGAAGUUAUUCUAAAUGUGUGAAACCACCAGCAUGAUUUGAUUUCACAGGUGUCAAACUCCAGGCCUCGAGGGCCGCUGUCCUGCAGGUUUUAGAUGUGUCCUUGAUCCAUCACAGCUGAUUUAAAUGCCUUAAUUACCUCCUCAACAUGUUUUGAAGUUCUUAUGAAAGGUACUGGUAAUGAACUCAUCAUUUGAUUCAGGUGUGUUGACCCAGGGUGAGAUUUAAGACCUGCGGGACACCAGCCCUCAAGGCUUGGAGUUC